UUUGCUUACACGUGCAAGGCAUGCUUUAAGUGUACAAGUAAAAUUACAAUAUCGUUUAACUUUCGCUAAAAAACCAUAUACACGGCAAUAAUACAGAGCUUAGCGUAGACACGUCCGAACGGCUCAGCGACUUAUUUACUAUCACAUCAGAUAUUAUGAUUUUAAAUGCAUGCAUGCUGUCGUGAGACAGGCUUUAUUUAUGCCAUCACCAGUGCCGCUGUCACACAUUCCAUUGCGCGCGCCUGCAGCGAGGGCUCCAUUGAAUCGUGCACCUGUGAUUACAGCCAUCAGUCGCGAUCGCCGCAAACGAGCCAACUUGGCAGCGUAGCAGGUGUUCGCGACUGGGAAUGGGGGGGUUGUUCGGAUAAUAUUGGAUUUGGUUUUAAAUUUUCACGUGAUUUCGUAGACACCGGAGAACGUGGACGCAAUUUAAGAGAAAAAAUGAAUUUGCAUAAUAAUGAAGCUGGCAGAGCUCACGUGCAAGCUGAAAUGCGGCAAGAAUGCAAAUGCCAUGGAAUGUCUGGGUCUUGUACGGUAAAGACUUGUUGGAUGCGACUUGCAAGUUUCCGUGUAAUUGGCGAUAAUCUAAAAGAUCGAUUUGAUGGCGCUUCUCGCGUUAUGAUUAGUAAUAGUUUACGACAAAAUUUAAAUUCUGUAACAGGAAAUUCGCAAAAUUCAAACUCUGUUGUAGUAACUGGCAUCGCUUUAAGUCCCAAUACAGCAAACCCGAAGGCUUUUGCCGCUGAUCGUGUGUUAAGUGACCAUAUACCUGGGCGCAUAAUAAAAUCACAUCCAAAUAUUCCUCCACUGAACUCAUUAAGCAGCCAAAACAGUUUGUCCAGAAAUUCAGUACGAAGUCGAGGAAGUCGAGGAAGACAAGGAAAAAAGAAUAACAGAUACAAUUUCCAGUUGAAACCACACAAUCCUGAACACAAACCACCUGGUCCUAAAGAUAUUGUUUACCUGGAACAGUCACCGAGUUUUUGCGAGAAAAAUUUGCGCUUGGGCAUCCAAGGAACGCAUGGACGUCAAUGCAAUGAUACAUCUAUCGGCGUUGAUGGGUGUGAUUUGAUGUGUUGCGGUAGGGGUUAUCGUACGCAAGAAGUCGUCGUCGUUGAACGCUGUGCAUGCACGUUUCACUGGUGCUGUGAAGUCAAGUGUAAAUUAUGUCGAACGAAAAAGACAAUACACACAUGCCUUUAGAUGCAUUCUUAGUUAUAUGCAUGUUCCUAUUACCCCAAUAACUUCUACAAGCUCAAUAAGCCUACAAGUUUUUAAUGGGAAUAUACAUAUUUAUACAAUAAAUAAAAUGCUUGCAGAGUCUGCCACAAAUCAUCAUCAAGGAAUAUAUACAUAAAUACAUAGAUACAUAUGUAAAAAUAUCAAAUCAUAUGUAACAAGGUUUUGAACAGGAAAACGAUCAAGCGAAAUUUGAAUAUUAAGCAAAGCUGAAUUAAAAGUUGGAGAUCGAAGAUAUGCUGGCGCCUUGCCGCUUGUUAUACGCUAUUUAUUUAUUUAUUUUUAUGCAAUUUUGCUAUAAAGUUUAUCCGUCAUAUGAAAUAGUAGUACAUAAUAUUUAGCUGUCAAGAAAGUGAGUAUGCUUAAGUUGUUGCAUCAGUAUUUUAGUGGUGAAGCUAAUAUACAUAUAUAUAUGUAUAUGUAUAAAUGAUAUGUAUAUGUAUGUAUGUAUAAACAUACAUCCCAUUCAUGGAUAACAUCCCAGUAGAAAUCGGUUGUAUGCAUUCAUGAAGUAUGCAUGCUGUAUGAGUGAAUAGUGUGAACAAUUCAUGCGUAGUCAUGUAAAUUCAAAUUCUAGCGAAUUGCAAGGGAACGCAUGUUGUUGUUGUUUUAAGAACACUUCUUGAUAAAUUUGAACUGGAAUUUUUGUAACAUUUUCAGUCUAGUAAAAAAUUUUAGUGAACGGACGUGUUGUGCGAUAAUAUUUUCAGCUCUAGCGGGCUUUUACAAGAUAUGCAUUUGCAUAUGUAAAUGAUGCUUUUUUGUAUAUCCCCGUAUAUUAAAAUAUAUCAGAAAAGUAACAUUAACAUAUGGAGAUACAUAUGUAUCUUGUAGGAAUGCUUUAAUACUGUUCCAUUAAUGCAGUUUUGUAUGUUUGAAACAUU